AUGCUUAUUUACACGGAGUCUGACCGAGAACCCACAGUGAUGAAGGACAACACGAGUUGCCCGAACGCGGGGGGUCCACGUGCAUUUAUGCUCGAUUCGGCGACAACAACACGAUACACUCCGAAACUCUUGGAAGUUGCACCACUGAGGAGUCAUCGGUUCUCCUGCCGGCCGGGCAAAAGUUGCAGCAUCGUCGUGGCAGGCUACGGCCUUAAAGAAAGUGACCACAUUGUAGUUCUACCUGCUAACGAAACAUGCCCGCCAGAGGAUCUCCGAAAUACUAUUCACAAGCAGUCUCUCAGUUCAAAACGCCAGAUUCGUACCUCGAGCAAAACUACAUACGACUAUUCCGUGAGGCCGCAAAGCGAGCAGACAAUUAUGACGGUAUUCGACUUGAAGCCGUUGGAGGAGGGCAAGUACACUGUCUGCUACGCAACAAGUCGCUCCACGCGUGGAGAGGACCCAGUUGCUCGAGACUUCCAUUACAAGGCAGGCGAGAUUGGUGAGCAAAACGUAAAAGAAGAAACCGAGCGAUCUACAAGCGUCAGCUGGUUUGGCACCUGA